AUGGGAAUGCCGAAUCUCGACUACCUGACAGUUUGGUGUGGACUCUCCUGGUGGGAUCAGUUCUCUAUUCAGAGUCCUUGUUUGCAGAGUUAUUGUGUGAUAUCAGGAAAAGGUCGAACGAGCGGAAAUUAUAUUGAACAGGAAGCACAAAUUAGGCUCCACAAUGUUCAUUCGACCGAUGACAGCAGCAGCUCGGCGGCGAACAAAACAGAAUCCGAUCAAAGCAGGAUCAUGGUGAUACGUGUGUCUUCGAAUUUGACAUUCUAUAUCAGAUUGCAACCGCAGACUGACACAACGUUGCAUUCGCGCCUCGAGCAAGUGCGCGUCGUCCAUGACAACUACACCGAGCAGCAGGAACUCCACGACGUUCAGAGUUGUCAAUUCGUGGGCAACGUGAUCGCUCCCGUAAGAGGGGUCGCCUCAGUCAACACCUGUCCAAACACCCCAGACGCCUACGCGAUUCUGAUAACCGAGGGCGGAAUUUUCUAUCUAAGACCGCGCAUGAUAGAGUGGCAGGAUGACAAAGACAAGCCCCAUGUUUUCACGCGGGUGGAGUCGAAUGAGGACGACCAGUUCUGCGGCCUUCGGAAUUUCAAAGACGAGGUGCCCUUGGACGACAUUGGGCGAGUAGCCCCGACGACAACCGACGGUUUCUUGGAAAAUCUCACCGAGAGCUCCGACUUCGAACUCCCUCUGGACAACGACGGCGAUCAUGUUAUUGCAAAGCUCCGUCGGAAGAGGGCCGCCCCAGGAUCCACGAUGUACAUUGAGACCGCGAUAUUCGUGGACAGACACAUGUUCGAUUCUAUCGAGAAAUCGAAGCCCCCGAAUACGGUGACGGCGAUCGUCAAUAUCGUCAUGGCUAUCCUGCACCAGGUUCAGCUCAUUUAUCAUUACCACUCGAUGACCGCUUUCGACUUCAAAUUAGUCGUGGUCAAAUUCGAGAUUUUGAAAAACACGAAGACGUCACCGGAUACCGGGGGUGGUAACAUCGACCGAUACCUCGAUAGUUUUUGCGGCUGGCAGUGCAAACGGUUGCCGGCCCAUGGGAAUAAGGACCACUGGGAUCACGCGAUCAUGUUGACUGGUCUAGACAUGUUCAAAAUGUCUGGAUCCGUCAAAAACGAUAAAGUGCUGGGAUUGGCUUGGGUAAACGGGAUGUGCCGUUGCGAUUACAGCUGUACAAUAAACGAAGGGAACUCUGCCGAGGCCGCGUUCGUCAUCGCCCACGAAAUGGGCCACAGUCUGGGUAUGCAGCACGACGGAUCCGGAAAUCACUGCGACUCGAACAAAUUCAUCAUGUCCGACCGGACAGGAGCCGGUAAAGUGAAUUGGUCCAAGUGCAGCAACGACUAUGUCAAGGCGGCAGAGAGGAAAGGACAGUUCAAGUGCCUGACAAACACAGCGCGAGCCGCUUCGAGCCUGGUCGACAUUGAAAAACUUCCGAUGUUGCCUGGGGAAGAAUAUUCGGCGACCAAGCAAUGCCAGAUGGCUCUCAGCCCUAAACACAAACCUUAUAUGUCCGCCAAAAGUCCCUUCAACGACAUCUGUCGCGAACUCUGGUGUCUCGAGGGACAGUGGGCAACCCCGGCCCAUCCGGCGCUGGACGGAACUGAAUGCUCACAGGGGAAGUGGUGCCGAGAAGGUAGUUGUGUGUUGAAGAGCUCAUCUAGUAAGUACAAGACCCACCCCCCUCCCGAACCCGAGGGGAAGGCGUCAACACAGUCCGCUCCGCAGACAACAGCUCGGAAGGUCGCACCAGGCAGAGGUGGAGGCCAGCGGAGGCGAUGGGCUUUCAAAAAUCUCUACGGACGUUUCUCCGGCAUUUACGGUUGAGCACCUGUUCCUACAGCAUAAGUCCCGGCAUUGUGUCGUCGUUCCUCCCUGUCGAAGUUCCGCAGCCAUGCGCAAAGGGUCUGGCAUGACUACGUAUUGCACAACUCCCCGGACGCUCCCAUGGGCAUGGCCAGAGCGUCGGCAGUACGCAAAUGCACCAGAGGCUCACCCAAUUCAAGCUGUCAGCUGUACCAACGCAACGCCGCACUCGAACGCCCCUAUCCCGGCGACCGAUGUGCAUAAAGAUCUCGUUCGUUUCCAGGUACAAAAGCUACCGGCAGAAAAGUCAAUGUGGGUUGAAUAAAAGAUCUGUUCAAGUGAACAAACACUCU